AUGGCUUCUCCAUUGAGUUUCUCCUCAAAGCAUUUGGUCAAAGGCUUAUUCACAUUUCCUCUGGAGAAAGUUACAUUCAAGAAAAAGAUCCCAAUUGGGAUUCUGAAAUUCUCUCAACAAAAUGUUGUCUUGAGCAAGCAAUUGAGCAGAGAAAAGGAUGUUCUGUCAGCUCUUGAAGCCUUGGAUGAGAUGAAGAACAAUGGAAUUCUUGCAGAAUCACAAGACUUAAUCGAAUUAAUGAAAGAAGUUGUGGAUAUGAAUUUCCUGGAAGCUGGGGAAAGAAUUCAUGAAUACAUACAGAGAAACUCAUCAGAUUUUGAUGUUACUGUGUUCAACAAGUUAAUUGAGAUGUACUUUAUACUGGGUAAGACGAGAAGUGCCUAUCAAGUUUUCGAUAAAAUGCUGCUCAGAAAUUUGGAUUCUUGGAACAAAAUGAUAACAGGUUUAGCGGAAAAUGGAGAAGGAGAAGUAGCUCUUCAAGUUUUCUCCCGAUUGAUAAAAGAUGGGAUCAAACCAAAUGAUAAUACAUUUCUAGGUGUUCUAAAGGCUUGUGAGUACUUGGGGGAUUUGGGGAAAGGGCAAGAAUAUUUUGAAUCAAUGAGUAAAAUUUAUGGAAUUUGUCCAUCUUUGGAGCACUAUUUGAGUUUUCUUAAUCUUCACAGAAAGUACAAGACAAUAUCACAGAUAAGGGAGUACUUUCUCACUCAAUUGUCCUAUAAACCUAAUACUAAGGUUUGGGGGAUUCUAGAGAAUCAUUUAAGAACUGAAGCUAAAGAUCAGAUGAGUCGAAAACCAGGGUUGAAACUAAACAAGAACAGAAGGAUAGACGAAAACCCAGAAUCAAACAGAAAAAGUGCACCACCAGGGAAAGAAAAGGCAUAUGAGAAACUCAGCACGAGCCUUGAUGGUGGACCAAACAUGCUCAAUAGUACCUGCAAUGAAGUUGAAUGA